AUGCAGAGGCGAUUCUCUGCGAAGAGGACCCUGAGCUUGACCAGCUUCUCGCAGAGUCAAGGGACCACCAAAAGGGCGCGGGCAAAGCCUGGAGUAGCAGUCGCUCCUUUGCUCUGGCAGGAAUUUGGGGGUCUACCCUGCAGAGAUUCUCCCGUCCUGCCUGCAGCUGGGGUUCAAGACUCGCUUCUCUGCAGUCCGCCUCCCAGCGGCCUGGAGCCCGGGGCGUGGUCGGCUGGAAUCUGCUCCCCAGGCCCAGAACACAGCCUGCAGCCCUUAACCCGCUGUGGCCGCAGCAGGUCCCGCCCGCUGUUCCCGCCUCAGGAGCAGCUGAUGAUCUCCCCAGCUGCGGGCGCCCCGCCGGGGCCGCACUCCUUUCCCCGGCGGAGGGAGCGGGCUGGCCCUGAGGCCUUCAAGGCACGCGGACGUCGCGGAGGGCAGCCAGUCGCGCGGGAGCGAGUAGCGCGCGUGAGGGCAUUGGGCGUCGCCGUGAGGCGGGAAGCGCGGGGCGGCGGCGGUGCGGGUUCUAGGGCGGCAGCUACUGCCGCCGCAGCAGCGCCCCGGGCGGGGAGGGCCGAAGAGGCCAGACGAGCUGGGGAUGGAGAGUACCAGGCCCCUCACUGCCUCAGAGCGCGUGUGCGGCUCCAGGCGCGCACAGUGAAGGUGACGGCGACCCUGGCCCGGCAGCGCCGAGGCCGCUUCGCCAGACAGCCCGCGACCGACAGCAUGCCGGGCCAUGAGCAGCGGCCGGGGCCGGGCCGGGCCUCGCUGACCCCGGCUCCGCGCGGCGGCCUCCCCCGUUUCCGCUCCGGCCUCUCGGCAUGAGAGUCCGCCCGGUCCCGAAGCUGCGGCUGCCCCAGACCCGCCGCCCGCUGGCGCGCUCCGGGGCCGCAGACUCGCGGUGCUGAUACCUGCGCCGCGCUACGCCGCCAGCCCGCCAGCUUUGUGCCCCGGGGGCGCGGCCAUGGAGGUGGUGGGCGACUUCGAGUACAGCAAGAGGGAUCUCGUGGGACACGGGGCCUUCGCCGUGGUCUUCCGGCGGCGGCACCGCCAGAAAACUGAUUGGGAGGUAGCUAUUAAAAGUAUUAAUAAAAAGAACUUGUCAAAAUCACAAAUACUGCUUGGAAAGGAAAUUAAAAUCUUAAAGGAACUUCAGCAUGAAAAUAUUGUAGCACUCUAUGAUGUUCAGGUACCUUAUUUUGAAAAUUUUUAAAAAUUAA